GCCGCGCUCCCUCCUCCCGCCGCCGCCGCUCCCCGCCCGGGCUCCGCGGUCGGACCAGUGCGCGGGCAUUUCCUGCAGCCGGGCCGCGCCGCCAGCUGAGCCCCGCGCGCCCGGCCCCCGGCCCCGCGUCGCCGCACGAAGCCUCCCAGUGCCCAGGCCAUGAAGGAGGAGGCCUUUCUCCGCCGCCGCUUCUCACUGUGUCCACCUUCCUCCACCCCCCAGAAAGUCGACCCCCGGAAACUCAGCCGGAACCUGCUCUUCGGUGGGGAGAAUGAGCUGUACCCCCUCAGCCCAGGGAAGGACACGGAGCCCAACGGCCCGCUGCCGCCGAGAGAUGAAGGGCCCCCGACCCCGGGCUCUGCCACAAAGGGGCCGCCGGCAGAGUACAGACUGUACAAUGGUUCUGACAAGGAAUGUGUGUCCCCAACAGCCAAGGUCACCAAGAAGGAAGCUCUCAAGGCACAGAAGGAGAACUACCGGCAGGAGAAGAAACGAGCCACAAAGCAGCUGUUCAGCGCCCUGACGGACCCCAGCGUGGUCAUCAUGGCCGACAGCCUCAAGAUCCGGGGGACCCUGAAGAGCUGGACCAAACUGUGGUGUGUGCUGAAGCCGGGGGUGCUGCUCAUCUACAAGACGCCCAAGGUGGGCCAGUGGGUGGGCACCGUCCUGCUGCACUGCUGCGAGCUCAUCGAGCGGCCCUCCAAGAAGGACGGCUUCUGCUUCAAGCUCUUCCACCCACUGGACCAGUCCGUCUGGGCCGUGAAGGGCCCCAAGGGCGAGAGCGUGGGCUCCAUCACGCAGCCCCUCCCCAGCAGCUACCUGAUCUUCAGGGCCGCCUCUGAGUCGGACGGCCGCUGCUGGCUGGACGCCCUGGAGCUGGCCCUGCGCUGCUCCAGCCUCCUGCGACUCAGCACGUGCAAGCAGGGCCGCGACGGGGAGCCUGGGUCUUCGCCAGAUGCGUCACCCGCCUCGCUCUGUGGGCUGCCCCCCUCGGCCGCCAUCCAUGACCAGGACCUAUGCCCGCUGAACGGGUCCUCCCUGGAGAAUGACGCUUUUUCAGACAAGUCAGAGCGGGAGAACGCGGAGGAGUCGGAUAACGAGACGCAGGAACACAGCGGGAAGACGAUCGGGAGCGGGAGCGCCCAGUCGGAGACCCUGGAGGGCCCCGUGCCGAGGGGCACCACGUACGUGGAGCAGGUCCACGAGGAGUUCGGGGAGCUGGGCCAGGCGUCCCAGGUGGAGACGGUGUCGGAGGAGAACAAGAGCCUGAUGUGGGUCCUGCUGCGGCAGCUGCGGCCGGGCAUGGACCUGUCCCGCGUGGUGCUGCCUACGUUCGUCCUGGAGCCCCGCUCCUUCCUCGACAAGCUCUCUGACUACUACUUCCACGCCGACCUGCUGUCCAGGGCGGCUCUGGAGGGGGACGCCUACAGGCGCAUCAAGCUGGUGCUGCAGUGGUACCUGUCUGGGUUCUACAAGAAACCCAAGGGGAUCAAGAAGCCCUACAACCCCAUCCUGGGAGAGACCUUCCGCUGCUGCUGGUUCCACCCCCAGACCAACAGCCACACCUUCUACAUCGCGGAGCAGGUAUCCCACCACCCGCCUGUGUCCGCCUUCCACGUCAGCAACCGGAGGGACGGUUUCUGCAUCAGCGGUAGCAUCACGGCCAAGUCCCGGUUUUACGGGAACUCGCUGUCGGCUCUGCUGGACGGCAAGGCCACACUCACCUUCCUGAACCGGGCAGAGGACUACACGCUUACUAUGCCCUACGCCCACUGCAAAGGAAUCCUGUACGGUGCCAUGACCAUGGAACUGGGCGGCAGGGUGACCAUCGAGUGUGAGAAGACCAACUUCCAAGCUGAGCUGGAAUUCAAGCUCAAGCCUUUCUUUGGGGGUAGCACCAGCAUCAACCAGAUCUCGGGGAAGAUCACGUCAGGAGAGGAGGUCCUGGCGCACCUCACCGGACACUGGGACCGAGAAGUGUUCAUCAAAGAGGAGGGCCGGGGAAGUGCGGAGCUCUUCUGGAACCCGAGCAGGGAGGUCCGGGGGCAGAGGCUGAGGAGGCGCACGGUGCUGCUGGCGGAGCAGACGGAGCUGGAGUCCGAGAGGCUCUGGCAGCACGUCACCAGGGCCAUCAGCGAGGGCGACCAGCACAGGGCCACACAGGAGAAGUUUUCACUGGAGGAGUUGCAGCGGCAGCGCGCCCGCGAGCGCCAGCAGAACCUUGUGCCCUGGAAGCCGCAGCUGUUCCGGCUGGACCCCGCCACCCAGGAGUGGCGCUACCGGCAUGAGGACUGCAGCCCGUGGGACCCCCUGAAGGACGUCGCCCAGUUUGAGCAAGACGGGGUCUUGCACACCGUGCGGCGGGAGAUCAUGGCCCACCAGACCACCCUCCUGGGCAGCCCAGGGCCCAGGCACCAGGGGCCUGGCCCAGACCGGCAGCUCCGCAAGGCCAGCGACCAGCCCUCUGGCCACAGCCAGGUCACCGAGAGCAGCUCCACACCCGAGUCCUGCCCGGAGCUCUCCGAUGAGGAGGAGGAGGAGGAGGACGGUGACUUCAUUCCCGGCAGCGAGAGCCCGUGCCCACGGUGCGGGAAGGAGGCACGGCGGCUGCAGGCCCUGCACGAGGCCAUCGUGUCCAUCCGGGAGGCCCAGCAGGAGCUGCACAGGCACCUAGCACUUUCAGCCAGCCCCGGAGAGGCAGAGAGAGCCGGCAAGCGUGGCCCCCGCGGACAGAGAGGCCCACGGGGGCUGGAGGACAGCAGGAGGCACCCGGAGGGCCACACCGGCUCCUCCAGAGGAGCCGCUGACCUUGCCGGUGGGACCCUCCGCCCCGUGCCAGCCUUAACGCUAAAGCCAAAUGCAGCUUUCGUCCUGCCUCUCGCCCCCUGGUCAACACGUCUGCUCGCUCCUGGUCCAGCGUCCACAUGCCCCGCCGGAGUGACGGAACCGGGCGGGGACGGACUGCCCAGGCUUUGCACGGUCACCCCCCAGCAGCAUUGAGCUGAGGAGCUUUGGCGGGACAAGCCUGGAGUCCCAGAGGUUCCCACGCCUCCUCCGUCCGGAUGCAGAGGGCCGUCCUUCCUGAGAGCCUGCCCGCGCUGCCCAAGGCAUGCUCAGAGGGGCCUCCCGGGGACUCCCGGGCAGACUGGAGCUACUCUGGAGACAGCACUGGGAUUUUACUCUGCUUCUGUGCGGAGUGGACAGGACCCCUACAACGCACACCCGGGGAGCCCACCCCGCCUCCCACAGCCUGGGCAUGAGCCGGCACAGGCGUGCGUGUGUGGGCAGGCGUGCACAGGGCGCGGCCUCUCGGGCCCCAGCGUUCCCUGGGGCAGGGAAGCCCAGGUUGGCCACUUGGCUGGGACUGAUGCCCGGUCUUCCUGUUUUACACUUUUUUAAUAAAUGCAAUUGCAAUAUUUUAGGCAGGCUGCAA